AGUGAAAGCAGUCACAAUAAUGCGAUUCUGGAGCGCCUUUGCCUCAAUCGCGAUACUUCCCAUCGUCGUGGCUGAUUUCUACACUACCAAAGUCAAUUGCCGCGUUAAUAAGACGUCUCCACCGGAAGUUAAUCGGGCCAUCGUCGCUGGGAAUGUCGUCCCGGGGUCUCUAGGCGCUUGCCAAGAUAUAGUGGACGACUGGAUCCAUGGUGUUAGUCACGCUAAUGGAGUGGUAAACGGCUCGAUUUGCGGCACUGACCUCUCAGUGGAUGAGUUCCAGAACGAGUGGAAAGCCCCUAAAGCUGGACUCCACGGGGCGUGUCUUUGGGAUUUUGGACUCGAAGAAGGCACACAAUGUGAUCGUCCGUCGGACGGCGCGAAAUGCCAAUAUUGGAUUGGGACGGUUUGCACCGCUCCACCCUUCUGUGAUUAGUAUAGUACCAGGAUCUAGUGGAGCAAGGCAGCGACCCAUGUAGAGGCUGGGAUCCUGCCAAGCAAGUAGAAAAUACAGCGUGCGUGAAUGCAUCUAUCUGCAUCCAGAGGCUGCGUCAACAGAGAGGGUGCGAUGAAGGCAAUAGGGACAAUAAAGUUCGCGAACUCCUGAGGACAAUGGUUGAAAAGGGGGGGGGUUCCGUAUUCGAAUAAACAGCUUCGAUGUCGCAAAUGUAUAUACGCGAGAGUCAAAAUGACCCGGGAGCGAAGAGCCCGCUUCCCGAGGAAAACCCCUCUUCUAUCAUUGCAUAGAUCGGCAAUA